AUGGUACCAAAUAAAAUGGAACCUGAUUUUGAAAAAAUACAGACAGAAAGACUACCCACUUUGUACGAAGUUUUAGUGCAAAAGACGCGAGCACCGGUGGAUUUAUGGUCAUUUUACACAUUCCUUUCACAAUUUCCGUAUGCUAUCAACUACCUAGACUUCUGGAUGGACUUAAUGACACACCUACGGCUAUGUAAGGAUUAUGUGGAUGGUAUAAGGGAAUCGUUGGUGGUCAAUAAUGAAAGACAGGGAAAUUCUUCCUUAUUAAAUAAUGAACAUGCGCAGCAAGUUGAAGCUGAUGCGGAUGAUUCGGCAUCGGUGAGAACAUCAGUACUAUUGAAUGCGUUACUGGAGGAAGGACAUUUUGAUCUAACGAACCCUGCGGGUGUGUCUCAAUUGCUACAGGGGCAAGUCAAUCAUUCCCCUAAACUGGCUCAAUUGAUCGAUGAUUGGAACCGACAUUCUCAGAAUGUUGACGAUUCCAACCGAAACAGAAGCAGUAACAAUAACAGUAAUAGCAACAAUAAUAAUUUAUCAUCUAUCCUAGAUGAUAUUCUUAAGAGACAAUCUCAAUUAGAGGAGAAACCCAAAGUUACAACGAAGCAAUUAUUGAACAGUGCAUUGAAGAUAUGCUCAUUGUAUUUAUUAUCACCAGAACAAAGUGAACGUUAUCUAACCAAUAUACCUGAUGAAGUAAGACUCAAGGCUGUGAAUUUAAUACAGCGUAAUUCCAGACAUGAUCCCGAAGUAUUUGACGAGUUAAAGAGUGUCUCAUAUCAAUUUUUGGAAAUUGAUUGUUUCCCAAAAUUCCUUAGUACAGUUGCGUUACAUAAUAUUCACGAUGAGAUAUCAGAUUGGAGGUUUCAUGCACAUUCCACCGGAGGUAAUCGUAAUAAGUCUCAGGCAUCAUUAACGGAGAAAGACUUAGAAUCUAUGAGGCACAUAUCUAAAUCACCAUUUUCCACAUACACCACGUUAAGUAGAAUAAUGUUUGGGUUACUGUGGUUAGGUGUUGGAUUUUGGAUUGGUUAUACGCUAAUAUUUUUAAAAUACGAUAGAGGCAUUAGAGUGGUGACCAUUGUUCCAUUUUGCAUCGGUUCAUAUUUUGUCGUUUGUGGACUUUAUCAAGUGGAUAUACUGUACUCGUGGUUUGGAAUUACACAAAGAUUAUUAUACAAAGAUAGGAAAGUUACAGAAGAUGGUUACGAUGGGAAUGUCCCUGUUGAUGUAAAGGAAAGUAAGGACAAGAUACCCUUUAUUUUUGGGAUACUGGGUGGUAGGAAUAGACUUAUUGAAGUGAAGCAUCCAUUCAUCAGGAAGUUUCUUUUCCAAAGGGGAUUAUGGUGCUGUCUCUUGGUUCUUAUAUCUACGGGAGUUUUCACGGUAGUAUUUAGUUGUGUACCGGGACAUAGAGUAUAA